AUGACUGGUGUUCAGCUAGCUUCUCCAACCCAGGAGAAUCGACUCCCAAGGGUUGCUCAGCAGGUUGGGGAGAUCAUCAAUAAGAUAAAUAACCCGACCGCGCUCGGUGUUCAUCUUCACAGCAUCGCGUUCGAAAAGCCUCCGCAGCGGAUUUGGCAAGCAUUCUUGGGACAACGGCAUUUAUUGGUGACGACUUGGGCACGAGCGGGCCUCUACGGUAUAGAUUUCGGGCUCAGUGAUGAUCCGAUCAUUCGCUAUGCCGACGCAGUGAUCCCCAACUUGGAUAUUAGGUUGGUUAGUAAGGAGGCGCCCUCGCCUAAUCUGACGAUUGCAAUGGGAGAGAGUGAAAUGGACGGAACACGGGGUAGAUAUCUCGGUUCGCCUUCGGAGUGA